AGCCAAUUCAUAUCAUCAAUCAAACCAUCAAUCCAACACUUCUACCAUCUACCUCAUUCCCUUUUUUCAUCUUCCGUCUGAUCUCGUCUUUCCGGUUCAUUUCCUUUUCGUUUUCGUCAUCGCAAAGAGCUCAAUUACGUCUUGACUGAAGCUCACAUUCUCUUUCAAAUCUUUACUACGCACGACAUCGAAGAAAAGCGCCUGUUUUCAGAGUAUACUGCCUCGCACGAUCAAAUAAUUUCAUCUUUCGACAUCUUGGCUGAUCGUCGUCAUUUCGGCUUUUGAUUGAACAAAAGGGUACAAAUCUCAUUUCUUCAUUUCGAUCCGAACAAUUGCAUCAGACAAUAAAAGCAUGUCCAACAAAGAUCUGUUCCAAAUUUGCCAAGAAGGCGAUUUGGACAGCUUCCAUCAAUUAUUCGAACUCGAACCUACAACCGAUAUCAAUGCAAAAGAUGUACAUGGAAUGUCAGCUUUAGCAUACAGUGCACGUAAUGGACAGGUAGAACUUGUACGUGAAUUACUCCAACGCGGUGCUGAGAAGCAUGAAGUGAUGGAACAAGGAUAUGGCUUGAACAAUGCAGAAAUUGCUGGCUUAUUGCAUGGUGGAGAAAGCCACGAUCAGAAUCCUCAACACAAUGGAAUGAACGAAGGAGAGGGACUGGUACCUGUUCAGAUGGAAGAUGGAACAAUCACAUACAUGAAUCCUGCUGCAGACUUUGGUCAAGGAUACGGUAUGCCACCACCACAAUUUGGAGGACCACAAUUCCCUCAUCAUUUCUUCCCAAUGGAAGGUAUGCAUGCAGGUGCACCUAUCUUUCAACCUGGAAACGGUAUGGGAAGCGGAAGACGCAACCACAGCCGUAAAGAAUCGGGAGUCAAUCUGCCACCACCAGAUGUUGCUCGCAUGAUCCCUUGCAAAUAUUUCCCAAACUGCAAAUAUGGUGAUAAAUGCGUUUUCGCUCAUCCUAUUCCAAUGGGAGCCGUUCCACCAAUGCCACCACAAGGUCAUCCUCUUUCACCUUCUAUGUCUCAUCCUCCACCAAUGCAACCAAUGUUCUAUGGUCAAAUGCCACCAGGAUAUCCUUAUCCACCUUAUGGCGCCAACCCACAACAAUUCUUGCCUCCAGGCACACCUAUGGGACAUCCUUCUCACAUGCCGCAAUUCAAUGGCGUACCACAAAACUUUGGCGGUCAACCACAAGGAGGUGAGCCCCAACCUCAAGACUCAUUCACACAAUCUGCACCAGUAGAAGGCGAGAACAUCGUUGCUGGAGAACAAGGAGAGCAAAGUAAUUCACCAGCAGAAGCACAGAACGCUGAGGCUCCAACAGAGGCUCCUAGCAUGGCUGGCAUCCUCAAUUCAGACGAGACUGCGAAUGCCGAUCCAUCUUCGUCUACUGCAGGCGAGGCUACAGAAGACCCAUCUACAUCAGCCAAUGGAAAACCUGUUCACAGAAGGCAGUCAUUCAACUCCUUCCUGCACCAUCAUGCCGUUCCUUUCCAACCACAAUCCCAACUCGCAACAGAGAUGAACGGAUUGACGAUGGACGGAACAGCAAACGGAUUCGUGCCUCGCUCAGCGAUGCAAGGAGCAGGAAAAGUCAGAAGGAUGAAUGGAUUUGCUGGCAGUGUGAACGGAAACUACAACGGCAAGAGAGGAAACCACAGCGGUGACAGACCUCCAUGCACCUUCUUCCAAUCUGGCAGAUGCAAAUAUGGUGACGAAUGUCGCUUCCCUCAUAUCUUGGCUGAUGGAACAGAUGCUCGCCCUUUACAUGCGCAGCAACGGAUGGUGUAUCCUACUCAAUACGCAAACGGUACUGUCAGCGAAGCUUCUCCAUCGGCUGGAGCUUCUAAAGAACAAGCAAGCCGUUCGGCUGCUGCAGAGGGAGCUGCAUCAAGCGUAGGCAACGCAAAUGCUCCAGCGUCAGCGCCGACUGGUCCACAAGCCGAUAAGAAGGCCACUCAACAGCAACCACCAUCGCAAACGCAGCAAUCACAACAACAAAAGAGCACUCACUCUCGUCAGCAGUCGCAAUCUUCUGGAUCAAACCAGAACAAUUCUAAUGCAAAAGACAACAAACCUGCAACACAAAGCAAUGGUGUUGUCCGAUCGAAUCCCUCAAAGACUAGCGUUCAAGCUAAUGGUCUACAGAACAAAAAUAACAACAACAACAACAAUAAUGCAUCUGGAUCUCGCUCCAACAAAAAGCAUAACAACAACAACCAACAAAAUCAGAAACCAGCUCAACCUUCUCAACGUGUGCCAACAGUCAAUGACUUCCCCGCCCUUGCAUCACCUAAUCCGAGUGGCACAUCCCCUUCGCCUUCAGCUGCUAAAGCUGUAAAUGGAAGUGCUGAAGCUGCCUUCAAUGAUGCAAACGCCGUUGCUUCUUCGCCUUCUGCCUCUUCAACUCCUGCUGCACCUGCUAGAGUGAACUUCAGUGCGAUUCUUUCUGCACCCGCACCUGUCAAACCAGUCAAGGCUGAACCACUCGUCAAUGGCGAUGCCGAGUCCUCUUCUUCAGGCGCUGAUGCACCUGCCGUCAAUGGAAAGGUUGAGACCGGAGAAGAGAGUAAGCCUGCCCCUGUUCAAGCUCCAAAAACCCAUGCAUCCGUCGCAGCAGCUGCAGCCGCCGCCAAUGCUGCCACAAAUGGAGUGCCAACUGGCACGACUGUGAAAGCACAAAGUCAAAAUGCUCAACCAAAGACGAACAACGGUCAAGCCAAUGAAGGUGGUGUUAGCAAAAAGCAACAACAAAAGCAAGCUAAUGGCAAAUCCGGAAACAGUCAAAAGGUUAAUGGCACAUCUGCACCCUCUGCAGCUGCCAAGACAAAUGGAACACCAUCCCCAGCACCUGUGGCUGAUGAUGAUUUCCAAUUGGUAAACCGUAGCCGUCAUUCAUCCAAUAAACGUCCAACACAAAGCAACGGUAACCAUAGCAAUGGCCAUGCAAACGCGAAUGGAAAGACUGGCGGCGAUACGUAUACCCCUCAAGCAAAAGCAGUUGCUGCGUGAUUUGUCUUUUCUCGCCAUUAGCUUGCUCGUGCUGAUUUCUUUGUGUCGCACCUUCACACUUUUUGAUGAUGUUGACAAAAGAUUGCGUUUCUCUUUUUUCUUCUCUUGUACCCGUAUACGCUCGUAAGAUUGGAUUCUUACAGAAUCUUCUUCUAUCCCUUACCUUUUACCUCUUUUGAUUUCUGCAUAUUUUCGAUCAUCAAACACAUUCAUCGUACUAGCAGUACUUACUAGAGUAUAGCUUUCAUACAUAUCUUAUAACAUAUACAACAUAACUCAUUUCGCAUCAAUCGUUGCAACACAUAUGACUUCAAGUACUUUUUCUCUUCAUUUUUGCUUCUUUACAACGAUCAUUACCUUUUUCUUCUCUCUCUUUUUGUUUCAUCAUGUCUUAUGAUCUCUCUUCUCUUUUCUCUUUUUUCAUACAAUUUCAUGCUAAUCAUCAUGUACACUCUCUUUGU